AGGUUCUCGGCCCAAGCUCCAGCUUUUUGCCCGGGCUUCGAUCAUGAGCUUGCCGAACGCGCAUGCGAAGGUCAGGGUGGUGAAGACCUUCAUCGAUAUCGACUCCUCAGAUGAAGAAGACGCUUCGGGAGUCUCCAUGAUGAAGAGCGAGCCAGCGAAGUCCUAUUGGGCAAAGCAAGGCGAAGUGGAAGCCACCAGCUCCUCGCCAACGUCGAUGCCCACUUGCACUGAGGCUGAGGCUGAGGGCUCUCAGGCCGACUCGAGCCGCGUGCCGCCGUGCUUAUUGGGCAAUGAGCAGCUGUCCAGUGGGCAUGUGAAGGUCACUGUAAAGAACACCUUCAUCGACGUGGAGUCGGACGACGAGAGCGACAAAAUCCCUAUGGGGAAGAUCAAGAGCGAGCCCGCGGUUCCUACACCUUUGUCCCCAGAGGGCUACAGGCCGCGGAUACAGUGCGAGAGACUCCCCACGCAGCAGGAGGAGGAAGAGGAGCUUGAGGAACCCGAUUCGAGAGCAUGUCUGGCAGGGGUGGUCAUUGUGCCGCUGAGCGAGAGGAAGCCCGAGACUUCGGCGGGCAGCGUGCUGCACGUGGCCGGGCAGUGCAAGCCGUGCUCCUGGUUUUGGCGGCCACAAGGAUGUUUUAACUCCGGUGAUUGUGCCCAUUGUCAUCUCUGCCUACCUGGUGAGCUGAAACGGCUCAAGAAAGCCAAGCAGCAAGCGAUGCGGGCUCGGGCUCUACGCCAAGAGGCAUAGCUUGGUAGGACUCGUGGCCUUGGGUGUCUGAAGGAUUCUGAAGGCUUUCUAAAGUCCGGGGUUGGGCAGCUUUAGUUGAAGCUUCCGCACUUCGGAGCUCGGGGGCACGGGCGGGCC